ACCAGUUUAUGUCCUGUACUCCACGGCUAACGGUUGGGUUGUGCCCUGCCCCCUUCCCUGCUGUCUCAUGAGGACACAGAAGGUGCUGGCUAAGACGGCAGGAGGAACUUUACCAGAACAGCAGCUUGACCUUGACUUCCCAGUCUCCAGAACUUUUCAAUUGCCUUUUGUUUUUCCUGCAAGAAGCAUUUCUCUCAAGUGCCUGCAGGACACUGAUGAAUUCCUUUCUGAUCUGAAUUCAGUGGAACCCAAAGAAUAUGCUCAAAGAAGUUCCUCACCUUGCUGGGCCUCAGCCUUCCUCUGGCUGGAACUGUCUACGUGGCAGCCACGGGGUGGUGGUCAGACCGCAAGGCAUCGCCCACACACGGAGCGCAUUCGGCCACUUAACGGGAGUCUGCCUUUGAGAGAGCGGGUGAGGAGUGAGCAGAGGAACAGAAUCCAACGGACUGAUUGCCUUGCCCAUCCCUCACUGUCAGGAGCCCCGAGCAGAGGGAAAAAUAAUGUGCUUGAAUGGAAAGCCAGAGCGCUGAAAAAUCCAUCGUACCUUUAUUCUCGGAGUGGCGCAUUCUAUCUUGGCGUUGACACAUUGUUCCUGAUCAGAAAUCAACACGCCCUUGCCCUCCUCGGGGCCAUGCCGUUCUUGGCAUCUUUCACCGCCUCUGCUCUGCUCACACUGGCGUAUAACCUUCCGGUGGCAGCUCCGUCAGAAGCAAGUGACAAUGCAGCUGUGUUAUAUAUCUUGGAGUACUACACGAAGCCCUGCGGCCGAUUUGGCCCAUUCCUUGUGGGCCUCUUUCUGAGCAUUUUCAUGCACCAAAACCACGAGGCAAACAUUCUCAAAACCAAGGUGCAGGCUCUGCUGCGGGGGAUUUGCUCUCUGUCGACCCUGCCCCCUAGUGGCUGCCCUGGCAUACGAGGUCUGGUGCACCCGCUGCUUUCCUGGGAUAUCUGGAGUUUCCUGGCCAGCAUGAGCUACGCUUGCUACUUGGUGCACCUCCUCAUCAUCCUCUACAAUGGGCUUCAGGAGACGCUUAUUCACUACACCGACAUCAACAUGUUCUAUAUUUUCUCUGGACACUGUUUGCUGACCUUCAUCACUGGGCUGGCCCUGACGCUGUUCAUUGAGAAACCAUGUCAGGAACUGAAGCGGUGCCUGCUGGGAUCAGUGCCUGCAGGGCCAUGAGCUUCCGGUAAAACCCGAAAGAGUGGAUGGCCCUUUGUGGGUGCUGAUGAGCAAAGGCAAGUGUGGCCUUGUUUAUGUAACGAAUGCUUGUGUUCCCAAAAAGGGGUGUGAAUCUGAUUUUUGUGAAUGUUUAAGGUAUACAAGUUCUUUAAUAUAUAAAACAGUUCUGAGUGUUUACUAUGUAAAAGAGUUCUGUGUUAAUCUGUUUAGUAGCACAAUAAUUGCCCUCCAAUGUAACUUUUUAGCAAAAGAAUCUGGAUUUUGGGGGUCUCAUACUGCAUGUAUUUUCUAUAUCAGUGAUCAUAGGAGAACAUCAAAUGUAGUGAAUUUAAUGUACUUCAGGUUUUUGUUUGUUUGUUUGUUUUGCGUU